AUGGAUAAAUUAUUAUCUUCCAUAUUUUGUUGUUCAAUUCGUUCAAAAGACGAUGGUAACGACAAAAUACAACAACGUACAACGACCAGUGUCACUUCAAAUAGACCAACACCACCGCCGCCAUUGUCAUCUGGUACUAAUCAAAAUAAGAAUACAACAACUUCUAAUAAACAUCCGACUACAGUGACAUCAACUUCGGCAACUACAUCAACUGAAAGCAGUGCCACUGGAGAUAGGAAUCUACGAACUAAUCCAGAUGGAUCAGAAAAUCAUCCUAAUACAACCCAUCCCAAUAACGACAAUAAUCCUAGGGAAAUCGUGGAGCAUGAUGAAGAUGUAGAAGAAGAUGACGAAGAUGAAGAAGAUGACGAUGACAUAUUGAAAGGGAAACAAAGAAUAUCAUCUAAAAAGGAAUUAUUAGACGACGCCCAUUCCGAAACAGAUACAAUCACCAAUACUAAUGAAGAAAGUAACAGCACGUCCAAACUUCAACAACAAGGCCAAGAACAACAACAAGAAAUACAGAAUCAGAGUAGAGAAAUUUCUAAUGAUAUAAUAACCACUGCCAACCCUGAAAAUACAUCUAAUUCUGUAAAUAACACUAAACUCACUGAAUUAGAAAUUGCCCAAUUAUCAGAACUAUCAGUUGAAGAACAUGAUGAGACCUCAUCAAAGGUGGCGACAAAAAUACCAGAACAAAUAGUAGUUACCAAACCUCCACAAAUUAUUGCCACUGGCGAAACCGAUGAAGAAUAUGAUGAUGAACUAGACGAAGAUGACGAAGAUGAAGAUGAAGAGGAUGAAGUAGACGAAGAUGACGAAUCAUAUCUUGAUUUGACUAAAUUACAAGAAGGCCAAGCAUAUAAUCCUGAAACCGGUUAUUUAUUAGGUCAUAAAGAUAAGAAUUUCGCCGGUAAAAAAUGUCUUAUUUUAGAUCUUGAUGAAACAUUAGUUCAUUCAUCAUUUAAAUAUUUACGUACUGCUGAUUUUGUCAUUCCAGUUGAAAUUGAUAAUCAAAUUCAUCAUGUUUAUGUUAUUAAACGUCCUGGAGUUGAUGAAUUUUUGAAAAAAGUUGGUCAAUGGUAUGAAGUUGUUGUAUUUACUGCAUCUGUUCUGAAAUAUGGUGAUCCAUUAUUGGAUAAAUUAGAUCUUCAUCAAUCAGUACAUCAUCGUUUAUUUAGAGAUUCAUGUUAUAAUUAUCAAGGUAAUUUUAUUAAGAAUUUAUCUCAAGUUGGUAGACCAUUAAGAGAUACAAUUAUAAUUGAUAAUUCUCCUGCUUCAUAUAUUUUCCAUCCUCAACAUUCCAUUCCUAUUAGUAGUUGGUUUAGUGAUACUCAUGAUAACGAAUUAUUAGAUCUUUUGCCAUUAUUGGAAGAUUUGGCAAAAAGUAAUGUCGAUGACGUGGGAUUAGUCUUAGAUAUUACCUUAUAG